AGGGAUUAGAAAAUACAGGUGGUGUUUCAAACUGUGAAAUGAACAACAGCAAGUUAAAUGUGCUUGUGUAUAUUUGCUUAUGCUUGUUUUUUUUAAAGACAUUCUUGCAGCAAAAAAUUCGAGUUCAGAGAUAUGAAGGACCAGACACAUUUACAGGAUUGGAAUGCAAUCAAAGUAGAUGUUUUUACGAAGAUAAAGAUAAUGUAGGUUGCAAAUGUUUUGAUACCCAACCAACCUUCAGUUCAUAUGGAAAACAUCAAAUAGGAUGUUAUGAUAAAUCUAUUCGAAAGAACCCAGAUAUUAAGCAUGAGUUUAUAACUGUAAACAAUGUAACAACGCAGAUCAAAACCAAUUUAUGCCUAUUACAAAAAGUUAAAACACUCUUUAUUUGGGAUUUGAUUGAUAAUGUUGGUAGAUGGGAUGAAUAUAAAUUAAUAGAAGAUGUUGUAAAAACAAAUAAAAUAUAUAUUACUAUCGGCGAAAGAAAGAACUGGGAUGGACUACUUGUUCAUUUUUUGUAUUCUUGCAAGACAAAUAUCUCAACUGAUAUCACAUAUCAUAACACUGGAAGUUGUUUAGUGAAAUUCACUGGAGAUAUAAUGUAUCCACUGCAAAACAUAAAAGUACCACUUCCAUUAUUCAACCCAAGAACAAAACCAACAAAAACAACAACAACACCACCACCAACAACAACAACAACAGCUACAAAAACAACAAAAACAGCAACGCUAAAAGUGUAUACCAAGGUCACAGUCACAAAAUCAGCCAGACCAAGUUUACAACCAACACUUAAAAAGUUUAUAAAACCAACAACUGCUAGAGAACAAAGAGUUACUAACAAACAAAACCUUGGGGUUAUUCUUACAUUAGUUAUUGAAAGAUUGACACUAAUUUCAUUGGUCUUCUGUUUUAUUUGGAGGAUUAGAAAAAGAAACCAAAGACUUGAAAAGAAUUAUCAAAGUUUAAAAAUUAAAUAUGAGGCGGGAGAAACUUACACCGCAUUAGUAAGCAUGGAACAAAACAUGUUGGAUAAUUAUGCAGUACCUAGUUUGAUUAGAAAUGAGGUGAUGGAAAGAGAGUUAAAAAUCGAAACCAAAGCACAAUAUGAGGUACCUAACAAUCCUAGUCAAGACGGUAAUGACAACUUGCAUGUUGAUCAGGAAUAUGAAUAUUUAGGUAUGCAAAAUACUAAUACUAAUAUUGAGACUGACAGUUGACAAUAAAAGUUACACAUAAUGGGUCUUUGAAACAAAUGCUGCUUACACCGCUUGCUUAUCAAGAAAACUUUAAAUCUGUGCUGAAUUGUACAUUAUUUGCAACUGGUCAUAAAGUUAUUAUUUUCCUCUUUUAUAAGGAAUCCUCAUACAUUUUUUGUGAACAUUUCUGUACAAUUCUGUGUAUGUAACAUUGUAUUUACAUUAUGUAUUUUUGUUCAAGAAGUAGCUAUGUGCAACUCCUGUCUUCGAUCUAUUUCUACAAUUCGACGAGAUAUGUUUCUACCUUUACAUUUGAGUAUAAGCGUUUAUUUAGAAGGGACACUCAAUAUCCCGCAAAAUUUUUUUAUCAACCAAUAACUUAUUUGAAUGGUUUCUUUUCCUGAGUUUGAAUCUGUGGAAAUUCAUUAUGUAGAAUUUCUUAAUUGAUUAAACAACAACGAUAUUUUUAUAUUGAAUUAGAAUAUUUCAACAUCUUAAACACCAACGUAAACACCAACUCAGACAUUUCAUGUUGAUAAAGACAUUAACAUGAAAUGUCUGAGCAGCCUUUUCAAUGUAUUUGACAGCGACAUUUUUUAAAGGGUUGAAAUUUUUUAAAGUGCUAGUCAGUAGUUAGAUACUUAUUAUCUCUUUCCAACAAACAUAUAUGACCAUAAUUGAUAGCAGCAAUAAAUUUUUUAUUUUACUGAAUAGGUUAUCCUGUGAAAAUAUUGGAAUAAUAAAUUUAUUUACAAUUUUGAAUACUGAUCAAGUGCGUUUAUUCACGUAUGGGCAUUUAUUUUCAUGUUGGCGUUUUGAUUAAAUAAAGUGGCACAACAUAAGAAAAUUUUUUAAAUAAAAUAAGAUAAAUCAGUAAAGGCAAAACAAUGAUAUGUUGUGAUACAUAGUAUGUUAUGUUAAACAUUGAGUCUUGUAUCAACAUCAUUGCUGCUAAGGUAUCAUUGUGAAAGUAAUUGCAAUUAAUUAAUCAACCCUAAAACACUUUCGAAUGAUAUGAAUUAUCUUAUUCGUGAUCUUUGCUUGUCAUCAAAUUAAUUAAAUGUUGCAUAGGUGUCUCAAGAAAAAGAAAGAAGAGUAAAACAAAAAAUGUAAACAAAAAAA